ACGGUAUAAGUUACCUUAAAAUUUUAAUAUUAAGGAACAAUUAAAUUAGUACAAACCUUUUUUUAACUUAAGCCCAUAGGAGAAUCUCCUCUGCAAAUCUUUUUUGGGUUUUGCAAUAGAAAAUAAAUAAAAAUAAACAAAAAUAAAAAUCUCGACGAAAAUAAACGGAAGAGAAGGACAAGUUCAGAGCCAGGGCUAGGGUUUCCUUAAUUUUGAGCCAAGGGGAUUGAAGCAAAAGUUAAUGGCGGAUAAUUACUGGAAUCGGCAGCAGCCAACUCCUCCGAUGCUGUCCUCAGGUGGGAUGCUUAAACGACCUCGUACUGACUAUGAUGCCCCGCCUUCUGGGCUGCAUCCAGCUCAUGAGAUGCAUCAUAAUCUGGCAAGAGAUGAUGAUCAAGGUGGACACCUGGCUGUGAAGGAUACGAAAACCAUUGGAUCAGCAUAUGAUCGUUAUCUACAGAGUGCGCAACUUUCUUCUUUUACUUCUGGAGAAGCUAGUACAUUUGGUGGGUUGGGAAGGGCUGUUGGUGUUGCAAUGCCUGCUCGUCCAAUGGCUGAUCCUCCUGUGAUGGGUCGUCCUGCAUCUGCUGCUCCAGAUCUGGCACUAAAUGGUGGAAAUGUCAGUUUUGGCGGUCAAUUUCCCAUUGACCCAAUGGCAAGGCUAGGUCGGGAUAUUCUACCUCUGCCUCCGGAUGCUUCCAAUACUCUAUUUGUUGAGGGACUUCCUCCUGACAGCACAAGGAGGGAAGUAGCCCAUAUCUUUCGCCCUUUUGUGGGAUAUAAAGAAGUACGACUAGUGAGUAAAGAAUACAAACAUCGUGGGGGAGAUCCUAUUAUCCUUUGUUUUGUUGAUUUUUCAAGUCCUGCUUGUGCAGCAACUGCAAUGAGUGCCUUGCAAGGUUAUAAAAUCGAUGAACAUGAUCCUGAUUCUAACUACUUGAGGCUACAGUUUUCCCGGAACCCAGGUCCACGGUCAGGUUCUGGAGUUCGUGGAAGGAGGUGAAUGUCACUUUCUGGAAACAAUCAGGCUAUUAUAUGCAAGCCAGUUUUAAGGCAACUUUAUUUCAUAUUUUCCAUCUAUGAUAGGGUUUCGAGGAGUGCCCUUUUUAAUUAAAAAAGUACAUUUAAAAUUUGCAAUUUAAAUUGCCAAAUCCUGCUAAUCAUUGGCGCUAGAGAUUCACAAAAGAAAAAUUUAGUAGAGAGAGGAUCAAGCAAUUGCGCGUUUCUGGAACCUGUGUUGUACAAUAACACUUUUAGAUGAAAGAGGGUUUUCUUUUUUCUGGCGGUAUAGAAGAUGCCGGCAUUUGAAUUUAGUGUUAAUAAAAAAAUUAGCGAAGUAAUUUAGGAUAAA